AUUUUAUACGAGCCAGAACAGGACAGGGAGUUUCUGGGAUGGUGGGAGAAAAACGAGUAUGGUCGGAAACUGAAUAGUGACGGGCAAGAAGAGAAGAUCUCACUAAUCUCUGAUCUCGGAUUCGAUUCAGAAUACUUCCAUGAGGGAGUCGCCCAGUGUGAACAGCUCUCUGCCUUUGAUGAUAGGGAGUACUCGACUUAUCACGACGAUACUUCAAAAAGAUACUGUGAAUACUUGAGAACAUGUUUCAUACAGUACCAACAACAAACCCCGGAAAUGUUAUUCCGCACUGUGCAACGUCCCUUCGCUGCACAAUUCGGAACUGGAUCGACCCCUUGA